AUGCAAGGGUUCGCCUUGGGACAGAAGGCACUGGUUGAGAAAGUGGAAAAGCUCGAGCGGGCUUCGGCUGCCAACAGUGGUAAUAAUCAGGAGGGUGUUUCCAACAACGGUCUCGGUGACUCAAGGGAUGAUGGUGAUCCCAGGAAAAAGGCGACUAAUGCUGGUGUGGUUAUCAACAAUGGUGGUGGGUUUGGUUUUGCUGCAGGUGGUGGGCCCGGUCCUGCAGUCAAUAAUGUGAAAGAUAACAUGUUUCCUCCUUUCUUUGGGGCUGAGGAGGAUAGAGAAGAAGAUCAGUUCUCGGUACUGAAUGAACAGUUUGGUCAAUACGGUGUCCAACCACCAAACAAAGAAAUUCAGGUGUUGGCAGACAAAAUCAGAGCUUUGGAAAGCUAUGCUACUCCGGGGAUAAUACAGUUCUAUAACUAUGAUCCAAAUAUGAAAGGAAAAGACCCUGUCGAUGUUAUUCGAAAAGCACUUCCGAAAACGCUCGUGUUUUAUUAUCCAUUUGCAGGUAGGUUGAGAGAAGGAGCUGGUAGGAAACUUAUGGUUGAUUGUACUGGAGAAGGUGUUUUGUUCAUUGAAGCUGAUGCCAAUGUUAGUCUUAAAGAUUUCGGUGAUAAUCUUCUUCCUCCAUUUCCUUUUUUGGAUGAGGUUCUUUAUGAUGUUCCUGGUUCUUCAAACAUGCUAAACGCUCCAUUGAUGCUUAUUCAGGUAACACGCCUCAAAUGUGGUGGUUUCAUAUUUGCUAUUCGAUUGAACCACACAAUGAGUGAUGGGUUUGGUAUAGUUCAAUUCAUGAAUGCCUUAGCAGAAAUAUGUCGUGGAAUGAAUGAACCUUCAAUAUCACCGGUGUGGCACAGAGAACUUCUAAGCGCAAGGAACCCACCAAGAGUGACAUGUUAUCAUCCCGAACUCGAACAAGCACCUAAUAACAAAGGAGCCGUUAUAUCCUUAGACAACAUGGUCCCGCGAACUUUCUUCUUUGGUCCCAACGAGGUAGCCUCAAUUCGCUCUCUCCUUCCAACCAACCUACGACAACAGUACUCUAAAUAUGAUAUCGUAACUGCGUUCCUUUGGCGCUGUCGUACAAUAGUGUUACAACUAGAUUCAAACGAACGAGUUCGUUUGAAUAUCCUAGUGAGUGGACGUAGCAAAUUUGUAAGCCUAGAAUUACCAAAUGGUUACUAUGGUAAUACUUUUGCAAUCCCCGCUAUUGUUACAACAGCAAGCAAAAUUGUUGAAAAUACGUUGGGGUAUAUGUAUGCAUUGGAUUUAGUUAAGAAUGCAAAAACUAAAGUCACCAGAGAAUAUAUGCACUCAUUGGCAGAUUUAAUUGUUACCAAAGGUCGACAUCUGUUUACUCUGACGGAGUUUAUGCUUCUAGUGUCUGAUAUUAGACGUUUGGGAUUUAGAGAUGUUGAUUUUGGUUGGGGAAAAGCUGUUUAUGGAGGCCCAGCUAAGGGAGGACCAGUUAUCGAUUCUCCUUAUCCCGUUAUUUUUAGCUUUUAUAUACCUUUUGCAAAUGUUAAAGGAGAGGAAGGUUUGGUUAUACCACUUUGUUUUCCAACUCAAGCCAUGGAGAGGAUGGUGAAAGAACUUGAUAAUAUGCUAAAGGUAAAAAGUUACCAAUCUGCAAAGGGUGAUACGAAUUAA